AUGAAGUUGUGGAAAAGCCUGAAAAUUUCCAUCGGAAAAACGGACUCGAAGGGCUACCCGAGCGACCUACCGCAGUGGGGAGGGCAAGGAUAUGAGUUGGAUGUAUUCAAAUCGCAGACAUCCUUAUCGACAGACUCCGGACUAUGUACAGAGCGAGGUUUGCGACGGACACACAUAGAACUAAUUAAACCUCCGGGAAAAAGGAUUGGAUUGAAACUGGCAGGUAUGUUCAUUAAUUAA